AUGCCCUUUCCGUUUGGCCAAUUCCUUGAAGAGUUUACUACUGCAGUUCAUCAAGAAAUUUAUGACCCCGAACCAGCAAUUGUUGCCAACCGAAAUGAUCCACACCAUUUGCUUCCCCAAAGGUACCCGCCCGACCAGUAUCGUUUGCGUGCUCGUCCAGCUCCAGAUCCUGGACCACUGAGGCGCUCUCCCGGUGUCUGGAAAGGCCAGACAACGUUUAGGUUCAAGUCGAUUUGCGCAACCUUGCCCGUCUCACGGCCUCAAUAUAUCUACAUCCAGAUUGCGCUUCGUCUCAGUGUCCAUCUCGUCCAGGCUGGCUUUGUCCGCAGAACCGAGCGACGCGAUGUCCAGCACUUCCUCGUCUACUUGGCUCGCCACUGCAUCGAGAAAGACGGUCGCCUUAGUUUCAAGAAAGGUUUCGGUGGCCCCAACUGUUUCCGCGCACUCGUCAACCAGUGGAGCAUGCCCGUCUCCGAGAAGAGCCCCCCUAUGUUCUACGAAAUCUCUAUUGAGUGCCUUCUUCACCUCGCUGGACUCAAACCGAGGCGCGCUCGAGAGCUUGGACUGAUGCCCACUGAGGGUGAACUAUGGCGUCGACUUAUACUCCGUCUCAAGGAGUCCGAGCAUGGCCAGUUUCUGCUAUUUGGACAACUUGCUCAUAGAUACUUUGGCGGCAAUGAAGCAUUACUCGCUCGUCCCGUCACGAGAGAGCCGAACUGGAAAGAUGGCAUGCCGCUCCACUGUGUCUGUCUUGUCGGACGCGUGCUCAAUAACCUCUCGCUGUCAGGAGACCUGACGCCGCAACUUAACAAGGACGUGCAGGCCAGAGUGCCGAGUGGAAUGCUACAGCUUCGGAAGCGUGUGAUAGCGAACUGGGCAUGA